GAGAACUCAUCGAAUGAGGCUCUGAUUGCAAUGCUAGCGGGGCAGACUGAGGGGUAGUUGUUCCCUCCACCAUGUUGGGUUGGCCCUACGGACGCCCCUGCCCCUGCCUGCCCACCACUCCUACCGUCCUGCGCGGCACCUCAGAUAUUGGGUGUGAGCUCGCUCGUAGCUGAGGCGAAUGUAUGUGCGGCUGGUUGCAGGGAUAAAUAAAAGAGGUUGUCUUUUUCGUGUUCCCUCGUCUACCUAGGCCUUGCUUCUGUCCUCCUUGAACAUCUUGGAGCUAGGACAGAGCCCUGCCCGAUAGCAUUUUUGGCCAACAGUACCUUAAACUAUACGCAUUCGUGCCCGAGAAGCAAAUAAUGGAUCAGGCAGCGAACCCUCAACCGCCUCUCGGCCGCCUUCCGGCCCUCCAGAGCGACGGGACGCUGUCGAACGCUGAAGAGGGCGCCCCGACGAACCUGCCAUCCCCUGGUAUCAAUAUCGAGUUCCAUAGUGAUUCCAAGGAAGACGUCACGCCGGGCUCAGUCGAGCACUUGUCUGCGCCCGCGGCCCAGCAGCAGUACCAGAGCCCGAUUAGGCAUCACAAGCGGACGCCUUCUGCCCAUCGAAUGGUCAAGGAAACGCUGAAUGCGAGAUCCGAGUACACCAGCGACGAGCAAGACGGCCGCUCCCAGCACAUAAUUAACCAAUAUGUCAUCAAGGAGGAGAUUGGCCGCGGGUCGUAUGGCGCCGUCCAUCUUGCCACAGACCAGUUCGGCAACGAAUACGCUGUAAAGGAGUUCUCCAAAGCGCGCCUCAGGAAGAGAGCCCAGUCCAAUAUCCUCCGCCUGGGCCCACGCGGACGGCCCAUGCGCGGGCCCGGGUUGGGUCUUCCGGGCCACAUGAGGGCCGGGCUGAACGACCACGAGGCCAACGAAGCCAAAGAUGCUCUGUUUCUGAUACGCGAGGAGACAGCCAUCAUGAAGAAGCUGAAUCAUUCAAACCUCGUGCAGCUGAUCGAGGUCUUGGACGAUCCCGAAGAGGACUCGUUGUACAUGGUCCUGGAGAUGUGCAAGAAAGGCGUGGUUAUGAAGGUCGGCCUAGACGAACCGGCUGAACCCUACCCGGUCGAGAAUUGCCGUUGUUGGUUUCGGGAUCUAAUCCUCGGCAUUGAAUACUUGCAUAGCCAGGGUGUCUUGCAUCGUGAUAUCAAGCCAGACAACCUGCUCCUCACCGAAGACAAUGUCCUCAAGGUUGUAGACUUCGGCGUCUCCGAGAUGUUCGAGAAGCCCGACGUGAUGAGAACGGCCAAGUCGGCCGGAUCGCCUGCGUUUCUGCCCCCGGAGCUCUGUGUCGCAAAACACGGCGACGUUAACGGGAGGGCUGCCGACAUCUGGUCGAUGGGUGUCUCGCUGUAUUGCCUCCGCUAUGGCAGGAUCCCCUUCGAGCGGAGCGGCGUCAUGGAGAUGUACGAAGCCAUCAAGACCGAGACGAUUAAGAUACCCCCGGACGAGGGCGAGGACUUUGUGGAUCUGAUGGCCAGGCUCCUGGAAAAGGACCCCGAGAAGCGGAUAACAAUGGGCGAACUCCGCGAACAUCCGUGGGUGACAAAAAAGGGGGAAGACUGCCUGCUAAGCGCCGAAGAGAACUGCACAGAACCCGUCGAUCGGCCCAAUGCCCUCGAAGUGAACCACGCGUUCACGAGGAAGAUGAGCCACCUGUUGUGUGUGAUGAAAGCAAUCGCCAAGUUCAAGGGCCUCGUGGCUCAGAAACGAGCCAGGGAGAGGGCAAGUGGAGGUGGAGAUACGAGUCAAGCUGCCGAAGAGGACUCGGCGGCAAGCCAUGCCGCUCGGAUCAUAAAGGAGCGUGAGCAGUUUCUCAGUGCCACUCGGGCUCGCGGGGCUUCUGAGGAAGAGGUUCAUGGGCAAGAACCGACAAAAGCCAAGACCAUAUACUUGGGAAUCGGGAAUGGUGGUCACGACGGCUUCACAUCGGCCGAGAACGCACCGGAAGGGGGCGUGUCUGCUUCUCCCACGGCGGUCGACUUCAGUGUCUAUGACCGGGCCUUCGAAGCCGAGGUGGACAGGAUCAAGCGAUCGACGAGCAAACGCGGUACUCGGCGCGGCACGGGGAGUAUGUACCUGACUAAACACGUGGACGACAAGCAGAAGUAUGAAACGGACGAUAAUGUCACCUGGGUCGGGGGCUCACUCGACGAUACUCCGGGAACUGCUACUCCGCGAGGAGGGUCCAAGUUUGCGGACCUCGUCGCCAGAACGAUUGAGUCGAAGAACACGGAAAACCCCAGCAGUGAAACUUGAUGUUGCUCUCUCUCGCUUGCUUCGCCGCGCGGUUGGUCAUACGCCCCGCGGAGCUUGAGCUGGGGACAAAACGAGAUUGUCUCUUG